AAGCGAUAUACUCAGGUCUCAUAGUAGUUAUAACACAAGUAAACUAUGAAGAAUUUUAUGUAUUUUCGUAUCGCCAUAUUGAUUUUUUGUUUCGCCGAGGUCAACUCAGCAACAAUUCCCGCUAAUAUAUGUGAUAAUUGUGAUUUGGAGAAUGGGGUUGGCUAUAAGGCCAAUCCAGACAACUGCAGAAGAUUCGUCCAAUGCAAAAAAGAAGAUUUUGGUAGUAAUAUCAUUGUUUAUGAUAAAGCUUGUAACGAUGGACUCUUCUGGAAUCAGAAAUUGAAGAAUUGUGUACCAUUUCCGAAAUCUGAUUGCUAUAAAGGUGAAUGUAAUGGUAAUAAAACGCUCCUAUUUUAUUCUAUGAGUUGUGGAGCAUACUUCAACUGUACCAAUGGGAUUGUUGAGACCAAAUGUUGUCCACAGAGCACCCCCGAAUUUGACGCCUUCUCGAAAACAUGCAAAGCUUCUACUACGUGCCCCUUCCAGUGCACCGACGAUGAAAAAACACCUCGAUCUUUAGAAUGCACAAAUACAUACAAGACCCACACUAUGGCUAAUGGUAUAAUCAAUCCAUGUAAAUAUGAGGUCCAUGAAGGUGCUUAUGUCAAGAUCAUGGAUUGUGCUGCAGGAACCAACUUCGACUCUGCUAAGUGUCUGUGCUCUAUUGUUCCUCAAGGUCCCUGUCCUGAUCUGAAAGUUGUAAAUGCCUGUGAUCCCGAUUUUGACCUGGACUUCACCAAGAAUGUAAUUAUUGAUACUGCUAGUGGGGCCUGGAUACAAAACAUUGGUGGUGUCUCCAUCAAGAAUGAAUACGCAACAUUCAGUGGUCUGAACAGUCAGCGACUUACCGUAACCCGUUAUUCAAACAUCGAUUUUGCUCUCCCACUGGCGAUUAAAGUAAGAUACCGAGAAACAUCUGGUAGAGACAAUAUGGUCGUUUUGAGUACUGGUGGAUGUAUAGAUCGCCCAGGAUUGUAUAUCACAGUUGGAAAUGGGAAUGUUACACUUGGUAUUGUAACUGAAGACGGCGGUUAUACUGCACCUUUGAAAACCUCCGCUCCCACUGCAGGUAUUAACCAAUGGAAAGAAGUUGUAUUAUAUUUUGAUGGUUGGAGUCUAUCGGGUGUUGUACGAAAUAUGGAUUCCAAUGGAGUAAAUGUUGUUGGUUCAUCAAUCCGUAUCCCUAAAACUGUUCCUUCAAGUGCAACUCAAAGUAAGUUUCUGUGA